UUCUUUAGCUCUUGUUUUACGUACAUCAGAAAUUGCAGGCCUCCGAAGUUUCAGAGAUUACAUAAAAUAAAACUCGGCAACACCAAUCCACUGCAUAAAACUUACAACAAUGGCGGACGAAGCUUCACGAGAUCACCAUUUUGACUACCCACUACUUAUACAUCUCUACUUUUCGGCUCAAUUCCACCACAUGGGUCUUGCAGCUCUGAUAUUCCUCCAUUGAUGGAGCUUGUAUCGAGGUGGCGGUGAACAGUAAAUUUGAUUUUAUUCAAGCAAAUAUAUUUAAAAAAAAAAAAAGGAAGAAGAAGAAGAAGAAAAGGAAAGACAAGCAGCCGUAAAUCAUGCCCACACGACUCCUACAAGCGAGGACAGCCAUUUAACCAGUCUCCCAUUCUUACUCUUCUUCGCAUAAAAAAAACUGCAAACACACGACAAAAAAUACUAAAAAUAAAAACAAAAUAAACAAACAAAAGAAAAAUUAUUGUCUGUUUAAACCAAAAUUUCUUUUUUUUUUUUUUUUUUCUCUCUCCCUUCCUUUUUGAUUCUGGGUUCUUCAACCUCUCGCUCUCAAACUCAAAAACCCAUCUACAUGAGAAAACUCUGUCCAAAUUUUGAUCGAGAAGAUGGUCUGGAGACAAUCCUGGAGGUCCCCAUUCCCGAAGAAAUGUUCAGCAACAUGGGUAACAGCCUCGCAGUACGAUGGCAAAACAUGUUAACAUGGAUGAAAGCUCAGACUUCUGAUAAAUGGUCACAACCCAUCAUCGCCGGACGGAUUAACGAGCUCCGAUUCCUUCUCUACCUCGUCGGAUCUCCUCUCAUUCCUCUCCAAGUCCAAGUCGGCCAUUCCCUCCACAAACCCGUUAAAGAUUGCUCCAUUCAAGCUUCAACAGCCAAAUAUAUAGUACAACAGUAUAUAGCCGCGACGGGAGGACAGCCGGCGUUGAACGCAGUGCAUAGCAUGUGCGUGACUGGUCAGGUGAAGAUCACGGCAUCGGAGUUUCAUCAAAGCGACGAGAGUUCCAACGUGAAGAGUUCGGAGGAAAUGGGUGGAUUCGUGUUAUGGCAGAAAGAUCCAGAUCUAUGGUGUUUAGAACUUGUAAUAUCCGGGUGCAAAGUAAUCUGCGGAAGCAAUGGAAAACUCUCAUGGCGCCAUUCUUCUAACCAACAAACACCCAUCUCCAAGGGUCCUCCAAGACCCUUACGUCGAUUUUUACAGGGAUUAGACCCAAGAUCCACAGCGAAUCUCUUCCUCGACGCAACCUGUAUAGGAGAGAAAAUAAUAAGUGGGGAAGACUGUUUUAUCCUCAAGCUCGAGACGAGUCCCGCCAUUCGUGAAGCACAGAGUGGACCAAACUACGAGAUCAUACACCAUACAAUAUGGGGAUACUUUAGCCAGAGAUCUGGCCUGCUGAUUCAGUUCGAGGACUCGAGAUUGCUGAGGAUGCGAACCAAGGAUGACGACGACGUGUUUUGGGAGACGAGUACGGAAUCCGUGAUGGACGAUUACAAGUACGUGGAUAAUGUGAAUAUAGCUCAUGGAGGGAAGACCAGAGUUACGGUUUUCCGGUACGGGGAGCAGUCGGCGAACCAUAAGAGGAAUAUUGAAGAGAGGUGGAAGAUUGAGGAGGUGGAUUUUAAUAUAUGGGGGUUGAAUAGGGAUCACUUCAUGCCGCCGGCGGAGACUGGAAGAAACCAGUGAGAUUAUAUCAGGGUUGGUAGUGGAGUCGUCUGAGUGAGA